AUGGUUCAGGGCUCCUUCCUCGGCACGGGCACCACUCCCGUCGCCAGCGCUCCCAUUGGACAACCCAAGGCCACUCAGGGUGUGCGCUCAACAGACAAUCGAUCGUCGGGAGCAUCAAAAUUCGGAUUUCCCUUUGUCGAGCCUACUUUUGACGACGCAACAGAUGAAAUAAUCGUUCCGGGAAGUAGGAACUCUUACGGUUAUUUCGCCAAUCUCCCGCACUUUGUCGACCUGUAUGAGACUAUUAGAGGUGCCUACCAGAGCUACACUAAUUCAGCCGACCUGUCCCCUGCUUCCGACCGGACCUUCAAACUGCUUUCGGCUACGCUGACGGCUCUGAGUCGUGUUCUCGAGGGCCUACGGUUCGGCAAUAUAGUCAACAUGGUGGAUGAACUGCUAUACUACCUCGAGUGCUGUUACGAAUGGGAUCCUCUGAACUCCCUGGAGGCUGCAAUGAAAUUGCUGUACGCCCUCUUUGGUACCAACCUCUCGAGCAUUUGGGAUGCUGAUAUGGCCAAACGCUACACAGCCGCCCUCGAUAUCUGCCAGCCUCCGGAAGGAGACCGCGCCGCCGCCUCGUCGAGUCUGACUGGUUAG